GAGAAAUGAGCAUAGAUCCAGUAGAAAAUGAGAUGAAUAGUGUACAAAGAAAUCACCUCACAACAGAUAAUAAUUAUAUUAAUAGUAUUGAGUCUUCAAAUUUAUGGACUACUUGGAGACAAAAUUUGGCAGAAGAAAUGUGGAAUACAUGGCAGGGAACUAGAUGAUUAAACUAUAUAUGUUGUUAACCUUUACUACUUUAGUAUUUUUUUUGAGCAUUUUUCAAUUAUGAUUUGAUGUAAUAAGGACAGAUGUCUAUAUUUAUUUGAUAUAUAUGUUUAUUUUUGUUCAAAUUUUUUGUGUUUAAUUUUCAAAGUAUUAAUUUAUGUGUUCUUUCAAGUUUCAAAAUUUAUACUUUUUUAUUAAUAUUAAAAAAAAAAUUAUAUGAAUAUAUAGGAUGAGUUCAAGCUCUAACGCAGAUCAAAGAGGGAGAGGUAAAAAUAAACAUUAUUGGACACCAACACAAGACAGUGUAUUGAUUGAAUGUCUUCUAGAGUUGAGUCAAAAUUCAACAUGGCGAGCUGAUUUUGGAUUUAAGAAUGGAUAUUUGCAACAAAUGGAGAUUAUGUUAGAGGAAAAAUUACCAGGCUCGAAGUUGAAGGCCUCACCUCAUAUUGAAUCCCGUAUUAAAAAUUUGAAGGGGAAGUAUUCUUGCUUGGCAGAAUUAUUAUCUUUAAGUGGUUUUAGUUGGGACAAUGAACAUUCUUUAUUAUUGUGUGAGAAAAGUGCAUUUGAUGAGUAUGUGAAGAAACGAAAAGAUGCAAGUGGAUUAUAUGGGAAACCAUUUCCUUAUUACAACAAGCUAGCAGAAAUAUAUGGACGAGAUCGAGCUACUGGGACAAAUGCUGGUAAUGCUGAUGAUGAUGAAGAAGAAAUACGCCAAAAUGAUGCAACUGGUAUAGAAUUUGGAGUUGAUGAUAAUAUAGAUGGCGGUGAGGAUGAUGAAGAAAUAGAUGAAUUUGAUGGUGUCUCACAUACUCAACAACAAACUAAUAUGCGUCGUAGAUCUACUGAGAGUACUACUAGUAACCAACAACGUGGUAAGAAUAAAAAAACUAAGGUUAUGGAUGAAAUUUCUACAAAUGUUGGUGCAUUAGCAGAUUCUAUAUCUAAUAUUGUCCCGAAGUUUCAAGGAUUAAUUGAUGCAAUAUCUGAUAAGGAUGUAGUUGAGAUGCAAACCAAUUUAUUCACAGAAUUAAGCAAGAUUAAUGGCCUAACUCCAAUGCAGUGUAUUCAAGCAACCAACAUAUUGGCUAAAGAACCUCCAUUGAUGCGAGUGUUUUAUGCAAUAUCAGAUGAGAUGAAACUGCUAUAUAUCCUGAAUAUGUUGCAAAAUGAUGCAUAAUUUUAUAAUUGCUAGAUAUUUGGGAUUUUGUUUAUCUUUAUGUUUCACAUUAGAAUAUUUUCAUGUGGAGAUUUUAUUUAUGGUUUGGUCAGAUAUUGUUUAAUUGAAUAAUAUGAGGAUACUUUUUUUAGCA